GUGAAGGGAUUUGUUACUUUUGUUUUGAAAGGUACUAUAAAAUAAUUACUCUACACUUCCUCUUUCAAAGCACAGAUAAUACAUUUCAGUUUCCUCCCGUCGAUUUUCAGGGUGUGGACCUCCGUCAGUACUCCAAACAGGUGGAGGCAGAGCUGCAGAGGAUCGAACAAGCCUCCAUCAAAGACUACAUCAAAGAGAGUCAGAACAUCGCCCUGCUGCACAACCAGAUCACUGCCUGCGACUCCAUCCUGGAGCGUAUGGAGGGCAUGCUGAGCGGCUUCCAGAGCGACCUGUCCUCCAUCAGCAGUGAGAUCCAGACGCUGCAGCAGCAGUCGGUCAGCAUGAACGUGCGGCUGAAGAACCGGCAGGCCGUGCGCAGCCACCUCAGCCAGCUGGUGGAUGAGCUGGUGGUGCCUGGGGCCAUGAUCUCCACCAUCCUGGACAGUCCUGUGACGGAGCAGGAGUUUCUGGAGCAGCUCCACGAGCUCAACACUAAGAUCAACUUUGCCAAAGAGCUGAGCUUCAGAGAGACGCUGGCGUGCUCCGACAUCCAGGACAUCGUGGACCGCCUCAAACUGAAGGCGGUGUCAAAGAUCAGAGAGUUCAUUCUUCAGAAGAUUUACUCCUUCAGGAAACCGAUGACCAACUACCAGAUCCCACAGAACACUCUGCUGAAGUACCGGUUCUUCUACCAGUUCCUUCUGGCCAAUGAGAGAACGGUCGCCAAGGAGAUCAGAGACGAGUACGUGGACACCAUGAGCAAGAUUUACUACAGUUACUUCAAGUCGUACAGCGGCAGGCUGCUCAAAGUGCAGUACGAGGAGGUGGCAGACAAAGACGACCUGAUGGGAGUCGAGGACACAGCCAAGAAAGGUUUCUUCUCCAAACCGUCGCUGAAGAGCAGGAACACCAUCUUCACUCUGGGCCAGAGGGGCGCCAUCCUGAGCCCGGCCGAGCUGGAGGGGCCCAUCCUGGUCCCGCACACGGCUCAGAGAGGAGACAGCAGGUAUCCCUAUGAGACGCUGUUUCGCAGCCAGCACUACGCUCUGCUCGACAACGGCUGCAGAGAAUACCUCUUCCUGUCUGACUUCUUCAUGGUGGCCGGAAACUCCGCCCUCGACCUCUUCAACAGCAUCAUGGGAAAGACUCUCAGCAUGUUCCUGGUGAGAACCUCCUGUCAGAGCGGCAGGCUUUCCUCUCCAGCAGAAACGUUUGUUUGGUCAAUUCAAACCACAUUUAUUAUCCGACUUUGUCACAAACAGAUUUCAGACUUUGGAUCAAUUCUGUUUGUGGAAAAGAAAAGUUUGACUUCUGUGUGGCUGCUGGUGUUUCUCUGCUGUGUCCAGGAGAGGGCAGCAGACGACAGCAAAGAGGUGGAAGGCUUCCAGCAGCUGCUGCUGGCCAGAACCCAGGAGUUCAUCGAGGAGAUUCUCUCUCCGCCGUUCGGAGGGAUGAUCGCCUUUGUGAAGGAGGCCGAGGCGCUGAUGGAGAAAGGGCAGCUGGACCGGCUGAAGAACGACGAAGCUCGAAUCACGCAGCUGGUUCGGGGGUUUUCCAGCACAUGGAAACAGUCGGUGGAGGCGAUGAGUCAGGACGUCAUGAGGUCCUUCACCAACUUCAAAAAUGGAACCAGCAUCAUCCAGGGCGCCCUGACGCAGCUCAUCCAGUACUACCACGGCUUCCACAAAGUCCUGAACCAGCCCACGUUCCGCAGCCUGGCCGUCCGCUCCGAGCUCAUCAACCUCCACCACCUCAUGGUGGAGGUCAAGAAGCACAAGCCCAACUUCUAACGGGGUCGGGGGUCAGAGAGCCGGCGAACGCACCGACGCUGCUGCGGGUGGAGGUGACAGUUCUCUGCAGAGUGUUAAGAAAGACUUUUGUCUCCAGAUGAAGGAGCCGAUCAGGUCAGAGGAGGAGAGUG